AUGGCCAAGCUGGGCGAGGGCGAUGCGCGCUGGAUCGUGGAGAAGCGUGAGGACGGUACCAACGUGAAUGCAUGGCACUGGCAGGAAAAGGACUGCCUGACAUGGUCGAAGCGGCGGCUGGGGCAACUUUUCAAUGGCGCGGUGCUCGUGGACACUCCCCGGGUCAGCAGCACCGGCCUGGAGUCGCUGACUGGGGAGGUGUUCUUGAACAACCGUAAAGCCAAGAUGGUGGCGUCAUACGAGCUAAAGCUGACGGUUGGGUGGACUGGCAGCACGCUAGACGGCGCCCAGGCAUCGGGCACCAUCGAGCUACCGUACCUGGCUGAUGAAAAUGAGGACGAGGACACUGAAGUGCGCGUGGUGGCGCCAGACGACAGCCCCGCGGGCAACGAGCUGAAGAAUGUGCUGCUGCGGCAGGGCGGUCGCGAGGCCGUGCGCAAGCUGGUGGACCAAUUCAUCGCGGAGCUGAAGGCUGGGGUGCCCGCCAAGGAGAAGGGCGGGGCCACGCCCGCAGAUGGAGCGGCCGACGCCAGCAGCGGUGGCGCCCAAGCCGCAAACAAGACCCAGGCAGCGGCAGCAAAGGUCGCAGCUCCCAAGGCAGCAGCUGCCAUAAGAGGCAGCAAUCAGGGCGGCAAGGUGGCCAGCAGCAGAGCACGGCUGGAGUUGGAGAAGCAGUUUUAUUGCAGGCCCUCUGACCUUUACGAGUGCUUCCUCGUGGAGGGCCGCGUGCGUGCCUUCACGAUGAGCCCCGCCACCGUGGACCCCCGCCCUGGCGGCGCCUUCACCUGGUUUGGUGGCAGCGUGGAGGGCACCUUCACCGAGCUUGAGCCGCCGCGGCGCAUCCUCAUGAACUGGCGGUUCAGCAGCUGGGGGGAGGGCGUGGCCAGCCGGGUUGAGCUGGCGAUGGAGGAGCCUGAGCCGGGGGCCACGGUGCUGCGGCUGACGCAGACUGAGAUCCCCGAAGAAGACCGGUUUGGCAACCACGAUGUCAAGCUGCAGGUGGAACGUGGCUGGGAGGAGCAGGUCUUCAAGCGAAUCAAGCAGGUCUUUGGCUUUGGCGCGUAG